GAAGUCAGGAACAGACCUCGGCGUGUUCUCGACGUUCGAUUGAUGAUGGUCUUUCUGAUUGUCUUUUUUAAUCUUCUAUCUCAACCGUACAUGAGGAAUUAUGGGGAGAUUUUUCCCUUUUUUGUUACAGCAGAGCGCGCGAUUGUUACGCUAGUGCAAGUACCGCAUGACGAAUGGUUCGUUUGAAGGACUCUUCUGUGCGCGGUAUCAGGUCUUGAUGUGUGGUACCCUCCAUGGCGUUACAGCUCUCCGCGACCACUUGAGCACAGUAACAUGACCAGGCUAUACCCCGGUAUCUUUAGUACUUGUUCUAGUGAUUCGCUUGUUUGCCGUCGGAACGACUACUCUUCCUGGCUGUGAAAAUCAAGGCGAUAGACGCUGGCCUAUAAGUGCGAAGGAUGAAGUGCCUUUCCCACAACCCGUCUUCCCUUUCAUCCACUUCCUGCAAUCAUCGGGAUUGUCGUGAUGUGGUUUGAGCUCACACCGUCGUUUGCUCUUCUGCUUUGUAUAAUCCUCUUUGUUCUUUACUCCCUUCUACAGUUUCCUUCCCGCCAUGCGCUUCCACCUGGACCAAAGCCAUGGCCUCUCAUUGGCAACAUCCUGGAUAUGCCUCGCAAAGAUGAAUCGGCGACGUUUUCUCAAUGGGGGCGGACAUAUGGCGACAUUGUCUACGUUAGACUCCUUCGUCGCCCACUUAUCAUUUUGAAUUCUUUCGAGGCUGCGACGGAGCUCAUGGAACGGCGGUACACGAUCUACUCCGAUAGACCUGAGUUCCCGAUGAUGAAUCUUAUAGGACAUCAAUGGAACCUCGGCUUCAAGCCCUUCGGAGAUGAGUGGGCGACUCUGAGGAAGUUAUUUACUAGCAAGUUCAGUAACGGCUCUGCCUUACGAGCUUAUCAAGCAUCACAAACUGCGUCAAAUGCAGAACUACUGCAAAGCCUUCUGAAAGACCCGAAUGGGUUCGUCGAACACAUAGCGUUACGUGCAACACAGGUCGUUAUAGAUGUUACAUAUGGCAUUUCGGUCACAUCGCCGAAUGAUCACCUCAUCGUUGUUGCCGAAAGAGUCAUGAACGCGGUUUCCAUCGCGUUAAGCCCUCCAUUAUGGAUCAUCAACCCGGUCUCGCUCGUUCGUUCUUUUAUGUCAUUAUUCGGAGGCCUGAAUUCAAUCUCUAUCAUCCGAAAAUGGAGGAGCGAUCUCGAGGAGUUGCGCAAUGGACCCUUCGAGGAAGCGAAACUUCAGCUUACUAAGGGCCAUCCUCGCCCAUCUGUCGUCGGGAACCUUUUGCAAGAUCUCGGGGAGAACGGCACCCAAGAAGCAGAGGAAUUGAUUCGUGAUUGCGCCGCUGUGGCCUACGGAGGUGCCGCAGAAACAUCGACGUCGAGUAGCCUUAGCUUCAUCCUCGCUAUGGUCCUGAACCCAUCUGCAAUGAGAAAAGCACAAGACGAGCUCGACAGAGUCGUGGGAAAUGAUAGACUGCCUUGUUUCGAGGAUCGACCAAAUCUCCCGUACGUGACCGGUAUGAUGAAAGAGGUGCUACGGUUCCACCCACCGGGAGUCGUGGGCGUACCACGUCAGCUCAAACAAGACGAUGAGUACAAGGGCUAUCAUAUCCCUGCGGGAUCGAUGGUCAUGGUCAAUAUAGAUGGACUUAUGAGCGACCCAUCCCUCUAUCCCGAGCCAGAAAUGUUCAUGCCUGAACGGUACAUCGUGAACGGUAAGUUCGACUGCAGCCGAUCGACUGACCCGUCACGCAUCGCAUUUGGAUUUGGGCGGCGAGUUUGUCCCGGAAAACUGUUCGCCGAAGACUCCCUCUGGAUAGUCAUCGCUCAAAUGCUGGCCGUCUUCACGAUCUCUCCCGUCGAUGAGAAACACCCCCCUCCGCUGUCUUUCGAGGCCGGUGCUAUCUCACGUCCAUCGCCAUUCCCGUGUAUCAUACGCCCUCGAUCCGAAGCAGCCAAGCAUUUAGUUGAGUCUGCGCUAUGACACCUGUGAGUUCAGUUAUAGCCACUCGUAUAGUUCCGAUUCCAAGCGUUAUGUGCUCUUCGAAUUCAACCAAUCCUACCAGUUCAGUACCCAUGUAAAAUGAGAGCCUUUGAGACCGAACUUCUUCCUGCCGAAUGGUACGAAAUAAGCGUGAGCGUUCGUUUUCGCGUCUUCAUAGACGAAGUCUCAGCGGAGGUUCGGAGAACUUCGGAUCACAGGUAGCACAGCGUCCGAGUCAUUUUGGUCUUGUCCGUCACUGCAGUACACCCUUCUAACUUGAGAUCAUCAGCACAGCGACAUUCAUCGCCGCAUCCGAUGAAUGUGGCACUGUAACAGCUGCUGCCCUUCGAGGCAGCCUCGAGAUCACAUAAAUAUAGCCUGCCGCAUCACGUCUCAUCCGAUCAAUCCCCCUCUCACCAUC